UGCUGGGAUGUUGUGAAAUUUAUUACUUUUUUGUUUUAAACUUGGAAUGUUAUUUAAUUUCAAGAUAAAGUUGAUAGUUUGUUUCUAAAUUAAAUUAGAUAAGCGGAUGCGCAAAUACCUUAUAUAUUAUACAUAUAUAAAACUACAGGUAUAUAGAGACAAGAUUCCUGUGGAUAAGCAAAGCAGCAUAUAAUCCAUAAAUAUUUGGACUAAACUUGUAGCUACUGUUCAUGUACGCUACUUUGGAAGUUGAAGCAACAACAGCAAAAAAGUAUAAAGAACAAUAAUUUUGUGUUCUUUUUUUUUUGUAUAUACUUGACUAGAAACAUAAAAGAAUGUAUAUAUAAUAUAUAUAUAUAUGUAUAUGGAUUAUUCUGCGUGUAUAAACGAUGAUUAAAAAAAGCAUGUUUACAUAAAAGAGUGAAUUUUAAAGUUGUGUGUGCUGCAACAGGUAUAAACGACGACGACGAAACAAAAAUGUCAACGUUCUACAAGUAUAAAUAAAAAAAAAAAUCAAGUACUUUUUUUUUAUUGUGGCUCAAAUGGACUGAAUGCAGAAUAAAAUAUAAAUUUUAAAACUUAAAUCAAUCGCGAAACUCUAAAAAAGAACAAAAAAAAAACAAAAGAAACUGCAUUUAUAUCAUAAUUCCUUCCAUUAUCUUUGAAUUUAUUAAAAUUUGAGCUUUGAGCAAGCAAGCACACGGAAAAAAACGGAGUUUGUGUGUCUCUCUUCUGUGGUCUUUGCUGUGCCUUUUUGGAAAAAUAUUAUUACACGAACACGUCGCAUGAUUUGUUGUAAUAGGAAAACAAGGAAUUGUUAAGAUGGCCUUAAAUAAAGAUUGCAAUAAAACAAACAUCGCAGAUGCUGAUGCAUCGAAUCAAGUUGGUUUAGUUGUGAGAAUCGACGGUGAUUCAGAUAACAAUUUACAAGCUUUAUUUGAUAGUGUCCUAAAGCCGGGCGAUUCAAAACGACCCCUACAAGUGCCAUUUCGAAUGCGAAAAUUACCGAAUUCAUUUUUCAAUCCGCCGUUGACAGGUUCAAAAUCUCCAACUGUUUCACAUUCACGAGCAAAUAGCACUGAUUCAGCAUUUAGUACGGAUUCGCAAUCAAAUACUUGCAGCGAAAACCAAAAUGUGCAUCACACCCCAGCAGUGGCGCCAUCGGGUCUGCUUAUAAGCCAUUCGAGAGCUCAUAGUAGUCCAGCUUCUCUUCAACAAACAUAUGCAGGUUUGAAUACACAACCUGCUGCCGCCACUGGCACUAUUGCGAAAAAUAAUUGCAAUCCAAAUGCCAAUCCACAAAGCCAAUCCGACAAUAGUAUUCAACGUAUACACAUGAAGCAGAGGUCAUAUGAUGUAAUAAGUCCGAUCCAACUACAAAAUGAACUGGGAGCUCUUCCUCCAGGCUGGGAACAAGCAAAAACAAAUGACGGACAAAUAUAUUAUUUGAAUCAUAUUACAAAAACAACUCAAUGGGAGGAUCCCAGAGUUCCAAUACAACGGCAGCAACAUCUCACUAAUAGAUCUGUUAAUCCACGGAGCGUGAGUAAGGAUUCUGCGGCCUCUACUGAUUCGCUGGGUUCACUUCCAGAAGGUUGGGAACAAGCUCUCACAGAAUCUGGUGAUGUUUAUUUUAUUAACCAUAUCAAUCGCACAACAUCUUGGAAUGAUCCACGCAUACCCAUAUAUAUGCAAAAGCCUUCAUCUGCUGCUCGUCCAGAAAUGAAUUGGAUGGAAAGCAAGAGUAUAGAUAAGGAGCGUGAUUACUUAAAAGCGCGCGACAGCAUUCAGGAGCAACGUUCUCGACUUGUUCAUAAACUUGAUUUGCAAAUGGAUCCGUUUUUAUCGGGAAUGCCCGAUCAUAGCAGACAAGAGUCCGCUGACAGUGGUUUGAGUUUAUCAUCAAACAACUUCUCAGUUACCCCGGACUAUUUAUCACAGAUUGGAGACAGCAUGGAUUGUAUAAGCGAGAGUGGUGGGGAUCUAAACUCUGUAAGUGGCCUGGAGUCACCGGAUAAUUUAGUUUCAUCACUACAGUUAACGGAUAAUUUGUGUAAUGAGAUGCUUAACGAUGUACAGAGUCUGGUUAAUCCCGUUUCUACCAAGCAAGACGACAUAGAUUGGUACAAGAUAAAUUGAUAUAUGUUUUCAUUUGUCAUUAUAUUAUUUUUUUCUAAUGUUAUCUUACAUGGCAAGAUAGAUUGGCAAACACGAA